AUGCAGAAGCGUCGACAGAACCGAAAGGAAUACGUCGUACUCUUUAAAAAGUUACAGGCAGUCGAAUGGCUAGAGCCAAUCAACGAAAAGGAAAAGAAACGACUGCAAGAAAUGGAAGAAUUUUUAAGUUUUGAAGAUAUUAUAUAUUUUAGAUCAUUGGCAAGAAGAGAACUUGCAAAAGAACAGGCGAUUGCAGAUUCAAAGAAAGGUGAAUUCUAUAGUUCUGUAAACAGAACAAAAGGUUUCUUUGGAUUCUGGAAGUCAAACGAACCAAAGAUGUCGAUUCAGCUGACAAAAGAACAACAAGAAGAGAUCUAUAAAUCUAUGGAAUAUGAUGAGAUCGCAUUGAGUGCAACCAUUGAAAUGCCACCUGAUUAUAUUCAAAAUGUAUUACAAGUUCAAGUGUCAGCGAUUAUUUUCACUAUUAUAGGAAGUCGUGAAGGAGAAGAUCCUUUGAUGAAAUCCUACCUCAAUAAUAUUUCAUUCAAGAUGUCUCAGAGACAACAGGGUUUUAGAAUAGAUUUGGAUCUCGAGUCAUUCAACGUUAUCGAUCACAACAAUGUCGACAGUUUAUUCCCAUAUAUCAUCACAUCAACGCCAAGAUACAAAUGUGGAAUCAACAACAAGAAAUUAUCAGAGUUGGAUUCACCAACAUUACAUUCAUCAUCAUCAAAUUUAAAUACUUUAAUACAAAACAAUAAUAAUAAUAAUAGCAAUAGUAAUGACAACAACAACAAUAACAAUAAUAACAUUAAUAAUCAUUUAUUUAAUAUAACAUUUGAAACGAAUCCAAUUUCAAGUACAUACGAUUAUAGAUUAUCAUUGAUAUUGAACACUAUGGAAGUAGUUGUAAAUAAGCCACAGAUUGAAAGAUUGAUAGAGUUUGCUACACCCGAGGAAAAUGUAAAUUUGUUCCCAUUGUCGUCGGUGGCGAUGGAGGAGUUGAUCUUGCUGAAGGAGAUGACGAUCUUCCAGCUGCGAGAGGUAAUCAAUCAUCACAAGACAAUCGAUCUCUACGUAGAUGCCAAGGCACCGACCGUCAUCAUAACGGAGCAUGCCAACCGUGUCGACACCUCGCUGAUCAUCGUCGAUCUCGGAAGUUGCUUGAUGCACUCUGACCUCAGUCAAAAGUCUGCGAAAGUAAAGGAUUCAAUCGAUCGUCCGUUGCUCCUAACCGAGUUGGAAACACCGGUAAAAGAAUCCGAUCUCUACGACCACUAUCGUGCAACUCUAUCUUCCAUAAAAGUGAUGUUGGCGCGAAACGACCAAGAGUGGUGGCGAGCCACUACCAAUGGCAACACCAGUUCCGGAAAUUCCAAUUCCAAUUCCAAUUCCAGUGUGGACGUUAGUAAUGGAUUCCCACUUAUUGAAGAGAUGGCGAUUAAUCUUCAUAUUCAGAGUUGUAUCGAACCGAAUGAGUUGUCGUUGGCGUUGUUCAAGGUGAGUGGAACGCUGCCAGAGGUGAAGAUCAACAUCUCCGAUGAAUCGUAUCUUCAGUUGUACAGAAUGUCCAAGACUCUUGCUGCAGAAUCGACUCACUCGUCCAACGCCUACAAUCAGCUUAUGGACACACUCUACACCACCAAACAACAGUCGGAAACAGUCGUCGAUGUCAGUCAAAUGGAAAUCAAGCUAUCGGAAGCAUAUCGUCAGGUUCUAUCGAAACGAAAGAUAUUCGAAGGUGAAUUCACUCUAGAGAAAGUAUUGGUAGAUGUACAUAGUAGUAGUAAUAUAUCGUCGUUGUUCAACAACGGUAACAACAACAACAAUAGCAAUGGUAAUGUUGGUAUCAAUCAACCAACCAAUAUACGUUUGAUACAGUUGAGAAUCAAUGAAUUACAAUUGUCGCUAAAGAAGAAGACCUAUGAUUAUUUCGGUAGUUUGUUGUUGGCAAAGAUGGAGAUUGAGGAUUGUCUCGAGAAGAACAGUCGGUUCUCUUCGUUGGUGACAUCGCAGUCGCGUUACAAGUCGACCGAGACCAAAAAGUUGAUAUCGAUCAGUCAUCACAUCAUCGAGAAAGACUCACCAGAGUACUCUGGUAUCGAUACCGAUAUCGAUUUCAACUUUGGUGAACUCAAUAUGAAUUACAAUCCUCGAUCCAUCGGUCAAGUUCUCACUUUCCUCGAUUACUGCUUUGAGGAGACUUACAAGGUGCAAGAGGAGCUACUACACACAGCAGCCGCUACAGAAAUGAUGUCCUCAGAGGAGAUCAUCAAUGACAUCGUACUGCCAGUACAGCAAUCACCAAGUAAAACACAAACAUCAACAUCAUUAUCAUUGUCAUCAACAACAUCAAUUCCACCACCUGCAUCUUCACAACAACAAGCAGUUACCGCUACAAACUUGUCUGUCAUCAGAGCGAAAGCGAAUGUUCAUGCACUUUCGAUAUCGUUGAACGACGAUGGUAAUGAGAUCGGUAUGUUCUCCAUCAAUCGAUUUGUCAUCAAAGAAUGUACGUUGAAUGGAAGAGAGGUUGAGGUAGAUGGUCACUUGGAUUCGAUCACCAUUGAAUCGUUCAUCGAUUCACAGUCACCAGAGCAUGAGUCAUUCAAGAUACUUACACCCAAGAAUCAAGAUGUAUCAAUGGCAACAUUCAAGUACAAGAGUUACAGCAAUCGUUCUGUCAACAAAACACGUGAUUUCGACACUGAAAUCGACUUGGAUCUUCGAAGUAUAAGAGUUACAGUGUUGGUAGAUUUCAUUCUAAAGACAAAAUCACUUGUUCAACUUCCAUUUAAAACAGUUAAAUAUGCAUCUCUUUAUAGAUAUCAAACAGAAUAUACCAAUAACAAUGAGAAUGACAAUUCAAAUAGUAAUCAGCAACAACAGCAACAACUCCAACUCCAACAACAACAAAUGGAAAUACAAAAAGAACAAGGUAUCAAAGAGAAGAAAACCAAUUAUCGUAUAUUCUUAGAGUCACCACAGUUGAUUCUUUCAUCUAGCGAUAAGCUGUCGACUACCGACGAUAAGAUCAUCUCUGAGCUUGGAUCGAUAGAGAUCUCCACUGUGCUCAGGAAAUCGAUGGUUAAGAAUGCCGAUGGCCAAGAAGCAGAGGUCGAAUGGCAAGUCAUCAAUGCCACUCUCUCCGACAUGAAUAUGAAGACAUUCAAAGCUGGCAAAUAUCAUCAGGUUCUCCACAAUCUCUCGAUCAACACAUCGAUUCAGCAGCUACUCUGUUGGAGCAAGACACAGCUGUCCGUCUCAAAGUCGGUGGUUCCACUGCAACAGCUGAUCAGUGUCGACAUCGGUGAGAUCGCUCUGGAGUUCCAGGAUCUCGAACAUUCACUCAUCUUCACCAUCACCAAAGACGUCAUCGAAAAGAUAUCGGCGCGUGCCAAAGAGAAGCAAACAAAGAAAGAACAAGAGAAACAGAUCAACAACAACAGUAGAAAACAAUCUACUGGAAUCCCAAUGGAUAUCGAUGCAAUCAUUUCAAAGCUAAGUGUCAAUGUUGAACGGUUUACACUGUUGCUUCAGCUGGAGCAAUACGACUUUGGUCAGUUGACACUCUCCAAGAUCAACGUCCACUCACAGACCACUCGUGGAAAUGUCACUCGUUUCAAUGGAGAUGUACAGUUUGGACAGGUUGUAGAUAUGCGUCCGGCAGUAAAAGAUAUCGAAUUGUUUGAAACUAUAUUCCAGCCGUUACAACGCAACAGCAAUGACAGUAACAACAACAAUCCAUUGUUAAAGUUCAGCUUUAUCUCUCAUGAACCACCUUCGUUGAAUGGCUGGGAUAGUGAGUUGACGCUGGAUGUCGAACCAACUGUCAUCAAUGCAUCGGCUGGAUUCCUCUUUGGCAUGAAAGACUUCUUUUUGUUACCGUUUGUCAAGCGACUCUCGAGUCACACCGCUGAGAAUCCAAACUCGCCAGACUUUGAAAUGCCAACUUUGGAAUCGAUUGACAUGUCCAUCAUUUCAAAGAUGAAACUGAAUGUUGUACUCAACAGACCCACUAUUCAAUUGCCAGUAUCACCAUUCUCCAAAGACAUCGUUGAGAUGACAGCAGAGAAGCUAGAGAUCACCAACCGCUACCUCAAUUGGCCAGUCAAUUCCUUUGACAUUCCAGUGGAGUCGAUGAUGAUCAGCCUGUCAAAGAUCAUCCUUUCAUCGGUCAGAGGUGACGACAGAGACGAUCGUAAGCAAUUCACACGUAUUCCUGUUGACUUGGCAAUCGAUUAUCAAUCGUUGGAAUCUGUAUUCACCAACACUGUCGAUGUCAUUCUUGGCGGUUUGCAACCGACCAAAGUUCAACUGUCACUGACACCGAUAUCGUUGGCCAUCGAUGAGUCGGACUUUGCAUUCUUUAUCGACAUGAUUGCACAGGCGUUCAGAGCACUCGAUGACAAUCCACCGCUAAAGUUGAAGAAGCGUGAUCCCUACAUUAUGGAGCUGCUCUUCCUUCGGGCGAAUCCAGACAAUCUUGCCAAGAUUCUCGAUAUCCACGGUAUGGAAAUAGCGGUUUGCUUGCAGUCGAUCGAGCUGAUUCUCUCUUCUCACGUCGACACACACGAUCCAUUUGCAACGAUCUCCAUCGAGCAAUGUCUAUUGAAUGUCAACAUGGCAACCGUUCCAAGGGAGAAGAAGAUGCAUGUCAGUGGAGCAGUCAAACAGCUUCGUGUUUAUGACACUCGAACACAAUUGAAUCACAGUCCACUCAACAAUGAAAUGGUUUUCUAUUGCACCAAAGAUGAUCUCAAUAUGAUGGAGUUUAAGUAUCUAUCCUAUUCCAACAACAACAACAAGUCAAGAUUAUAUUCCUCAAUGUUGGAUUUCAACAUGAAUGGUCUACUCACAUAUGGACAUCCUGCAUUCUUGUUGCGUGUCUGGGAUUUCGUAGUGGUCAACUUCACAUCGGUAUUUGGUACCUAUACAACCGAUAAAUAUUGUCCCGACGAACAAGUAGCAGUGCCCAACGACAGUCGUAUGAAGAUGAAUGUUUGUUUCGAUCAUCCUUUAAUUGUACUAAGACAAUCAUAUGACUGUAGUAGUGAUAACCAAUCGAUUGUCUAUGUCGAACCUGACACUAUCAACAUUGCCAAUGAGUUUACAAAGUUGAGUGAAAUCGAAGCAAUGACAAGAGGCAGUGAGUACUCUGAUGCUAUGAUUAUCAAACUUAACAAUACCACUCUCAAUCUACUGCAACCACAACAAGAAGAUCAUCAAUUGGAACACAACGAAAAGUAUGCUCUCGCUACAAACUACAAUAUCGAAAUCAUGGUGGAGUCGAAGCCAGAGUAUUCACUUGGCGAUAUCUCGUCGAAUGCAACAUCGACCUACUCUAUCAAAACGAACGAUCUUCGUCUCUCUUGUAAUAGUGUGCAGUUCGAUCGAUUCUAUCAGUGUUUGAACCAUGCUCUCGAGUGUCAGUAUCAACUGGAUCACGAAUAUCAGAAGCGUUUCCUCAAGCCUGGAUUCACACCGACACAGACCGACCUCUUUGCUCUGGUCGAAGUCGAUUCGAUCGUGCUCGAUCUCAUCGAUUUGGAAUCACAGAAAUCGAUUGCAUUGGUAUCGUUCAAUGAAUUCAAAAUCGACUCUGCCAUGCUGGAACCGGGAAUGACCGUAACCGGUUCGCUCUCUCACAUCAACGUCGUCGAUCAACUCUCGGGAACCGCAAUUGUCAAACCGCACGGCUCGGAAUACGCAACGCUGUUCUUCACCUACAAAUCGCACAGCGAAAGAACAGCCGACGGUUGGGAUACAGAGUUGGAAUCGACCAUCAAGAAUAUCCUGUUGGUUCCAUUCCCACUGAGUUUGCUCAACGAUAUUAAGCAAUUCCUUCUGGAUCCACUCACUCACACCCCGAUUGCACAGAGACCACCUGUCCGCUUGGAACAGCCAAGAAUGAAGCUUUCCUCAAUCAUCAAAGAUUCGCGUGUUAUGCUCUACGACCCUGCAGUCGGACCUGUCGAUCACCUGCUAUUUAGCGUCGAUUGCUUAGAGAUGCAUAAUUCAAUCGAUCGACAAACUCUUGGUGGUAGUGGAAAUGCAAGCAACAACAGCAGCAACUUGAUUGAAUUCGAUUUGGAGAGAUGGAAAUACGAUAUCGAAGGUCUAUCGAUGUCAUUACAUCGUACCGAUCAAAAGACAACUAGACUGCUUAGCAACCUUGAACUGACUGCCAACACCGACACCAUCAGAGACUACGACCAUUUCCUCAAUCGUUUCCAAGAGGUCCUAGAGGAAUCCACUCUCCAAUUGGAACUUCCUCCCAAUGUGAAAACCAACAUUGAAAUUCAAGAGUUGUAUAUCACCCUCUCGAGAUCCAACUAUUGUUUCUUGAUGGAUCUUUACAAUACCUAUAUCAAAUCCACCAGUAAAACAUCGAGUAGUAACGUAUCAUCUUCAGUUACUUCCACUAGUACAACAACAACAACAACAGCAACAGCAGCAACGAAUAUUAGUGAUGAAGCAUCGGUUGAAUCGGAAUUGAUGCAAUCGAUUGUUGCCAAUUUAAUAUCGCUAAAGAUGAAUUCAUUCUCUGUUGUGUUGAUCGAUGGAAUCUAUGGAUUGGCUGAAGUAUCGUUCUACGACUUUGACACUGUGAUGAGUGUCUACAAGACCUCAGGAGACGACGGUGCCACUGAAGUCAGCGGAUCACUCAACCGUCUCCAGUUUAUGGAUCAACGAAGACAAUCGUGUCAAUCGCGCUACAAAAACAUUGUCAACAGUACCUUCGAUUCACGUGUAGAAUUCAACUUUAGACCGUUCACAAACGAUCCUACUUGGACACAGAAACUGGAUGUCAAACUCGAUAAUGUCAUUUUCACUCCAUUGUUUGAUUUGUUCACAGAGGUACAAGAGUAUCUCAGGUUGGACGCCAGUGACACCUCCGAUUCAAAGUCACCGGUUAGAAGCCGAUUGAAAUACGAUAUCAUAAUGAAUCACACCAAGCUGUUGAUUCCCAUGAAUAUCGAGCUGAACAACAACUAUCUCAGUGGUGACAUUCAAGAGAUUCAGAUCUCGAAUGCUUUCAUCGGUAAGCAGGAUUUGGAUAUCGAUCAACUCUCCCUAAAGAUCACUUCGAUGUCGUUGGCCGAACACAUUGAGAAUGGACUUGAACAAACUAGAAUCAUGUCCGAUUUGAAUAUGGAUAUCACAAUGAAGACCAAUCUCUAUCACCAGUUGCCAGCUCCUUCCAACCAACCGCUCACCAACAUCGUUAUGGAUGUCGGUAACAUUCAGAUGUCAUUCUCACCACACCAAUAUCUGUUCUUCUAUAACAUGAUGAAUCUAACACUUCGUAGAUACUACGAAUUCCGCUACGGACCUUAUCCCGCACAGCCACAGAUUGCACAAGUUGCCAAGCAAGAAGGAGAAGAAGACAAUUUGGUCGACCAAGUUGAAGAGGAGGAGGAGCAGCAAGAAGAACAAUUGGAUAUGAAUGUUCUUAUCAAUAUUCAAUUGCUAAAGUUGACAAUGAACACUGCUAAUUACAAUCCAUCAGAGUUGACAUUGAAGCGACUAUCGAUGGAAGUCGACAUGACCAAGAAGAAAAUGGUGGUCGAUGGCAAAGCCAAAGAUUUGAUCAUAACAAGCAACGAAACCAACUAUCAAUCGUUGUACAAUGUCAUCUUGGAGAAGGUUGAUAGACAAAAGGAGUUCUUUACCUUUAAGUAUAUUUCACAUGCUGCAACAGAGCCUGUCGAAUGGGACACUGAAUUCCUCAUCAAUCUUCGCUCGAUCAAUAUGGUAUCGAUGAUUGGUAGCCUCACAAGAGUGAAAGACUUCCUUAUGGAGCCACUUUCCACACCGAUCGUUUCACCUCCCAAUGCUCUGGUGCGCGCACACGCUUCAAAGAUGCGACAGGUCAUCAAUAUGGAGCCUUGGACACUCUUUAUACCGGCGACAGAUACCACCAAAGAUGCAGUGAUCAUCAAGUUUGGCUCGACAAACAUGACCAAUUUCUAUCGUGAUAUCAAAAUCGACGAUAGCGAAACUGUUCAUCCCGUUGAAGUACUGCAACUUACCAUCUCGAAACUCUCGCUAUUCAGUGAGCGCGAUGGCAAUCGUGUGUCAAUUUCCAACCAGGCAUCUUGUUUUGUGGAAAUCGAAAAGUUGUUCUCCAUCAAGGAUUCUCUCGCCAUCGAGGAUCAAAAGAUGUUGGUAAAGAUCCCAUCGCUCGAGUUGAUAUUCAGUCAGGAGGACUACCGCUUCUUCUACUACAUCUUCACAAGCGAUUGGAUGCGAUUCUCCACCGACGAAUCGAAACGUCCACCCGUUCCACCACCAACGCCUCACUUUGACGGUCGACGAUUCAUCUAUGUCACACCGGACCACGAAGAGCAGAAAGCGAUUGCCGAACAUCAGUUUGAAUCACCACUCGGUUUCAUCAAUCUCACUGCGGAUUCACCGCGUCAAAUGACCAUCUACACUGAGAUCGGAAGGAUAUCGAUGGCCAUCAGUCACAUCGAUCCUAUCCUCGAUCCAAUUGCAUCGCUUGAGAUCAAUCAAGUCAAUGUCAACUAUCUGCUCUAUCGUAACAAUAUCGUCAAGACAGAGAUGACCGUUGAUACCGUUCAGUUGGUGGACGAACGUCAAUCGUCUGACUCGGUGUUCAAAGAGAUUCUCACACGCAAGAAACAAACAAAGAAAGGCGAUCCACAGCUGUUGGUCCAGUCAUGGGUUGACGCCAGACGCAACCGAAACUUUGUGUCGAUCCACUGUGAUCAUCCACUGUUGUUUGUUUCACCCGAUUCCAUCAUCCCGAUUAUGUCGUUCUUCACAUCGAUUCAACAGCCAACGAAAUAUGUCCAAGAGAAGAAGCGAUCUCAACAACCGGCACCCGUACCCAGCCACUUUAGAUUCUACCUCAACGUGACCAAACCAAAGAUGUUGCUCGUCGAGGAUGAAACUCAACAGAACACCCGUGCGCUAGUCAUUAAGAUGCCGAUUGAAUUCCACUAUUCUCUGACACCCGAGCAGAAUCUAACGAUGGAGUUGAAAGCACCGAAAUGCCAGGUAUUCAGAAACACUCCGUUCGCAGAGACCGAAGGAACUUCAUCCACUCCGAUCACCAACAGUUUCUCAUUCAAUUUCCUCUAUCUCCAUUUCGUUGAGAACGACCAGCGCACCGUGAAUAUCAAGUUCCAACCGCUCAAUAUCUUCUUGACCUACAAGGAGAUGAUACUGAUCAACAGAAUCAUCAAUAAUCUUUCAACCAAAGAAACAACGAUCCCUCAUUCCAAUUCAUCGUCUUCGCUUACUCCUCCAUCGACACCACCCAACGAAACUGUCAUUACAACAGCAGCAUCAUCACCUUCAAGUAGUCGACCAACCACUCCAACUUCACCACUUAGAAAUAGCAAUAAUAAUCUUAAAACAAGUGGAAAUAAUAAUGUCAAUAAUAAUAACAAUAUCAAUAACAACAGUAAUAACAAUACACCAAGUCACAGUCGUAAUAAUAGUCGUGAUAAUUCAUCUAAAGCUUUGUCCACUUUGAAGUCACCUAUUAGACCAGAGGAUUCGGCGAGUCUCAUGCACAAAACACGUGCACAUCUCGAUUUUGUUGGUCGUGUCAACCUGACUAUUCUCGAUGAAUCACAUUCGGUGACAUUCCAAGAUAUUCCAUUCGUACAAAUCUCGAUGGGUGAUCUUACCAGUGAUUUCUGGGGCUGGGAAGACUACAGUUUCAUCACCACCAACUGCCUUUUGAAAGUGGAGGUAUUCAACUACAAACACAUGGCAUUCGAUUCCCUGAUUGAACAAUUCCCUCUGAAUAUCCAGGUAUUGAAAUCCGAUGAUCCGAAACUAAAGAUUUCAAUUAAAGCUGAAGACCUCGUCAAUAUCAAUAUUUCGCAUCCCUUCAUUGCAUCGCUCGCCAAAUUCUAUGAGAACAUCCAGAAUAUCAAUGAGAAAGAGCGAUAUCAACAAGCUAAAUAUUACAAUAGUCAACAACAGCAGCAGCAACAACAACUCCAACACCACCAUCGCAGCAAUAGCAACUCCAACAACCAUCAGUCUUCGUCGUCAUCGGGCAACGGUGACAACAGCUAUGAGAACGAUGACUCCAUUCCAAGAAUUGACAUUGAACUAGCUCACAGCAACAACAACCUAACACAAUCAUCGUCGGGAACCAAGCCAAUUUCCAUACCGAGUUCACCAUCGAAAUCCAGUCUUCCGACGUUUGGUUCACAGAAUGAUUUACAAUCGCCAAGAGGAUCGAUAGAAGCACUCCGUUGGAAGAAAGCAGAACCCAAUGUUCCACUGGUUGAGAAACCUUCGUUGUCAGCAUCGAUUAUCGCCAGUACCAAACGUGAUUCUAUGAAGUCAUCGGUCAUUAUGACACACUUUAAUACCAACGGGGUUAAACACCGUCGUCAACUCUCGGGCUCUGUCAAUUCGCAACAACUGUUCAAUACAGUCGGUCAAUCGCUCUUCUGGAUUGUCAAUCUCACCGGCAAAGACAUUCAAUACUACGUUGAGGAGUUGCAGUUGGUUCAACAACAGCCAACUUCCUCCUUGUCCUCCGGCGCUUCCUCCUCAUCUUCGUCGUCGCUCUCACAGUCGACUUUGAAUGCACACAACAGCUCAUCGCGUGAACUCAAUCCCAAGCUCCGCUCCUCCUACGAUCCAGUGGCCGACGAAGAAGAAGCAGCCGAGUUGGAAGCGAAAACCAAGGUGGAUCGUGCCGUUCACUUUUUGAAGAAUCGCGAGAAGAAACCACUCGAGCUCAAUUCGGUGUUGUUCAAGACACGUGAUUUCCGUACUCACGGUAACUUGAAUGCACAUAUCGCCUUUAGAUUCACAGACUCUGAGGAAGAUCAAUGGAUCCACGGAGUCUCUAUCAAUAUGAUGGGUGACAACUUUUAUUUCCCACCAUUCGGAAAUCGUGCCAAUCUCAUUGUUUGUGAGGUCGGUUGGAACGAAUCGAACGACAACAAGAUCGCCACUCUGCGAUCCCCGGUUAUAGUGCGUAACUCUUGUACCAUCCCAAUCGAUAUACUUGUGAUCAGCGGUGCCAACGAGCAGACAAUCUUUGGCCCGAUAGCAGUUGGCGACAACUUUUAUAUUCCCGUUGAUUUCUUUAACUUUACCAGUAGAAUAUCGAUUCGUCCUGCAGGACAUGAUUUCAUUUUCGACAUGGAGCAUGCUCUGGAUCUUGUGGAUUCGAGUAGUUGGCCAACCUCACAUCUCUUCAUGCCAUACAAAGAGGAUGGCAGCUCCAGUCACGGUAGUUCGAAUUCACUCACUGACUAUCGUUCGAUGCUCCAUUUCUUCUAUUUAGCGACUUUGGUACAAUCGGGAAUACGUUGUGAGAGAACCGGUCUGAUUUCCACUACUCUUAUCAUCUGUCCACCUCUUAUCAUUGAGAAUACUCUCUACUGUGAUAUCAAUGUGCGUGUCCACAGUCACUCUGAGGUGAAGAGAAACAAAUCCGACUACAACAAAUCCGUACAACAACAUCCACCUGCUUUGAUCGCCAGUGGCAAACAGAUCCCUUUCUACACACACGCGGAAAACGAUGUCGGUGUAACGCUAGCGUUGAACGGACUCGGCAAAGAACAGUAUUUCCAUUUGCAAUACAUGUUGACCAGUUCCUCAACCACCGGGCUGAAUAUCAUCGAUCCAACAGAGGACAGUGGAUCGUUCACACAAGAGGUAACCUAUCAGUGUGUUGACACCGGUUAUAAUCUCACUCUGAAGAUCGACCAUAGAUUCGAAGGAGGUUGUCACAUCGCUUCGAUCUACACAACUAACGCAAUCACCAAUCACGCUAUGAAUUCCAUUCGUUCUGCGUCCAUCCAUCAAAGGACCAAAGACAUCGCCCACCAUCACGCUGGAAACCAACGAGAAUUCCAUUAUGCUCGGUCACGACAAGUUCACACUCUCGCAUCCUUCGUUCCCCGAUAUCCAAUCGAAAGAAUUCGAUAUCAUUCUCGGCAAGGAGGAUAUCAUUGA